AUGAAGAACUUCUUCACCGCGGCCGCCCUCAUCGGCGGCCUGAUCAGCGGGGUCACGGCGGCUCCCGCCAGCACCCUCGAGGCUCGGACCUUCUUCCGCUUCCCGACCAAGGCCGCCGCGGCUUCUUCGAGCUGCAAUGUCGCCGAUGCCAUGUCCCAGGUCCAGGCUUCCCUGAGCACUGCUCUCGGGACCUGCGAGGGCGCCAACCUGGGUGCCGACGCUUCUUUUGCCGCCCGCAAUGCCAUCGCCGUCAAGAUCGGUGCCGACCUCAGCGCUGCCGCCGGAGUCCUGGGCACUUUCAGUGACGCACUCGGUGGCGCCUCGGCCAGCGUCGUUCUCGGUGCCAAUCCCGGCUGCGACUAUGACUGCAUUGGCGGAGCCAUGGUCAGCCACACAGCUGCCAUCUCUGCCGACAUCGGCUCCAUCGUUGGUAUUCUCGGCGCUGACUGCGUGGGCUCGCUCGUCACCCCCAUCAUUGGUAACAUCGCCACCUGUGCCACGGCCUUGGAGCCCAUCUCCGUUGGCGUUGCUGCUAACUGCGGCGCCGCCGUGUCUGCCACCCUGGGUGCCGAUAUGUGCGCCGACCUUGGCCUCGACGUUAGUGCUGUCUUCGGCGCCGAUGCCGGUGUUGGCGGUGGUGCUGGUGCUGGCCUUAGUGCCGGCGCCGGUGCCGAUGCCGGUGCCGGCUUCGGUGGUGGCCUCGGCUCAAUGAUUGCCGGUAUGCUGAAGGGCGGCCUUGGAGCCGGUGCCGGUCUCGGUGCUGGUGUCGGUUUCAAUGCCGGAGCUGGUCUUGGCGCCGGAGCUGGUGGCUCCAAGAGUCUGGGAGGAGGUGCCGGCGCUGGCCUCAACGCUGGUGUCGGUCUUAACGCUGGAGCUGGUCUUGGAGGUGGCGCCGGUGGUGCUGGAGGCGGUGCCGGUGCUGGUCUCAACGCUGGUGCUGGUCUUAGCGCUGGAGCUGGUCUUGGAGGUGGCGCCGGUGGUGCUGGAGGCGGUGCCGGUGCUGGUCUUGACGUCGGUGUCGGUCUUGGCGCUGGAGCUGGUCUUGGAGGUGGUGCCGGUGGUGCUGGAGGCGGUGCCGGUGCUGGUCUUGACGUCGGUGUCGGUCUUGGCGCCGGAGCUGGUCUUGGAGGCGGCGCUGGUGGUGUUGGAGGCGGUGCUGGUCUUGACGUUGGCGCUGGCGUUGGUGUUGGUGGUGGCAUUGGCGGCGGCGCUGGUGGUGAUGCUGGUGGUGACGGCGACGAUGAUUCCGAUAACACUACCCCCACUCCCGCUGACGGUGGCAAUGGCGGCGACGAUGGUUCCGAUAACACUACCCCCAUUCCCGCUGACGGUGGCAAUGGCGGCGACGAUGAUUCCGAUAACACUACCCCCACUCCCACUGACGGUGGCAAUGACAGCACCCCUACCAACCCCGAUGAUGCCGCCUGGACUUCUCCCACUGCCGAUGAUGGCUCGGAUGAUGGUUCUGAUGACGGCUCCAACGAUGGCUCUGACGAUGGCUCUUCGGACGACUCCGAGCCUUCGACUGGUGGCAACGGCGGAGCUGGCGGUGGCAUCGGCGGCGGCCUCGGUGGUGGCCUUAACGUUGGCCUUGGUGCUGGCGCUGGUCUUGGCGGCGGUGCUGGUGGCCUCGGUGGCCUCGGUGGCGGUCUCGGAGCCGGCCUUGGUGUUGGUCUCAAUGCCGGAGGUGGUCUUGGUGGUGGCUUGGGUGGCCUCGGUGGUGGCCUUGGAGCCGGUCUUGGUGUUAAGGCCGGAGCCGGCCUCGGCGCCGGAGCUGGCGGCGGUGCUGGUGGCGGUGCUGGUGCUGGUGCUGGUCUUAAUGCCGGCGCUGGUGUUAAGGCUGGUGCCGGUGCCGGUGGCGGUGCCGGCUGGUAA